AUGGCUCCUCAGCCGGUGUUAAUUCUCCUCCUCUUCUCCUCUCUCUGUAGCUCCGCGACGGCCGGCGACACCUCCGCCGCUCAUUCCUCGGCCUUCGUCUCCACCCUCCGCACCGCCCUCGACGAGAUCAGCGCCGUCCAGUCCCUCCUGUCAACCCUCCCUGGCCUACUCCUCGGCGGCCACAGCCGCCUCUCCUACGCUGUCCAGGACUGCACGGAGCUCCUCUCCUUAUCCGCCGACGAGCUUCAAUUUACGCUUUCUGCGUCCAGCUCCACCGCUUCUUCCAGCACGGCGGCUCGCCGGCGGUCAGAUCUUCAGUCCUGGCUAAGCGCCGCCGUCGGCAACCAGAUCACCUGCGCAGAGGGCAUCGAGGGCACGAACCAGUUCGUCGGAAACCUAGUCGCCGGCGGCCUCGCCACCGUGACGUCCCUCGUUCACCAGCUCCUCUCGCAGAUACCAGCCACCGCCGUCGCCGCCGAAGGCGAGGUUAAUGGAAGACGGAACCGGAAGUUGCUCGUGGAAAAUGGAAAGUUCCCGGCGUGGAUGGCCGCCGCAGAGCGGCGGCUGCUGCAGGCCCCUCCGUCAUCUCUGCAGCCGGACGCGGUGGUGGCGGCGGACGGUACCGGCGAUUACAGCACGGUGGCGGAGGCGGUGGAGGCGGCGCCGGAGAAGAGCGAGAGACGGUUCAUCAUCUACGUGAAGACGGGGUUGUACUACGAGAACGUGGAAAUCAACAGGAACAAGUGGAAUAUAGUCCUCGUCGGCGACGGCAUCGGCGCCACCAUCAUCUCCGGCAGCCGGAACUUCGUCGAUGGCUGGACCACCUUCCGCACCGCCACCCUCGGUAAGAUCAUCGAUUUAUCAGCUCAGGAACCAGAAAGAAGAAGAACAUGAUGAUGAUCAUCAUCAUCAUUUUUGCAGCUGUUUCGGGGAAGGGAUUCAUCAUGAGGGACCUGACGGUGGAGAACACGGCGGGGCCGGAGAAGCACCAGGCGGUGGCGCUGAGGACGGACUCGGACCUCUCCGCCUACUUCAGCGCGGAGAUCGCCGGCUACCAGGACACGCUCUACGCCCACUCCCUGCGCCAGUUCUUCCGCGAGUGCCGCAUCAGCGGCACUAUCGACUUCAUCUUUGGCAACGCCGCCGCCGUCUUCCAGAACUGCAACAUCACCGCCCGCCGACCGCUCCCCCACCAGAAGAACUCCGUGACGGCCCACGGCCGCAAGUACCCGGAUCAGAACACCGGCUUCUCCAUCCACGCCUGCAACAUCAUCUUCGAGGAAGAAGACACCACCGUGCCGGCGGCGGCGCCGCCGCCAGCGACGUACCUGGGGAGGCCGUGGAAGGAGUACUCGAGGACUGUGGUGAUGCAGUCGUAUCUGGGGGAGGGGAUCAGGGAGGAGGGAUGGCUGCCAUGGGCGGGGGACUUCGCCCUGAACACUCUCUACUACGGCGAGUAUAUGAACACGGGGCCGGCUUCCGCCGUCGUCGGCAGGGUCCAGUGGCCGGGGUUCCACGUCAUCACCGACCGGCAAGUGGCGAGCAACUUCACGGUGGGGACCUUCAUCGACGGCGACGUCUGGUUGCCGGCAACGGGGGUCCGGUACACCGCCGGGCUGAUAGAGUGA